CGUCAAUAUACUUAAGUGUUAAAACAACUCGGAUUAUUUAAUCAUUAUCAUCAUGUAGCGGCAUGAUUAAAUCUCUCUAAUAGCUCAAGAUAUUGUUAUAAAUGCAGAAACUAACCAGGGAUGAAUCAGUCUUAAGAUGUUGAUGGCCUGUGUUCUGUUGGGUUUUGGGCUUCUUAGCUCAGUCUAUUCGUCUGCCAUCGGAAAGAGCAACGUGGGAUCUGAGGUUGGAGCAGGAACGAUAGCUAAACUCAGCAUAUGGGAGGUUAAUUGUUUUAAAGGUAAUCGUUGCUGCCAACUGAAUCAGGAAUGCGCUGAUAACGGGACAAAAUGUUGUCAUAAGAUAAGCAAAGAAUGUAAUGAUUCUGAACCCUGUUUGGAAUGAAGAUGGAUUCAUCAUUGAGAGAUGUCGAUCAAGUUUCUAAGGAAAAAUAAAAUUUAAAACAGCAAUAGAAAUUCAAGGAUACAUACAUACGAGUACUAUACACCCAUAAACACAGUUAAUGAAAUAUAUAAAAUUAGGUUAAAUAAUAAAUAAUUUUAUUUAUACUUUAAUAUAAAAACAAUAUGAAACUAAGAUCAUGAGCUUUCUGUUAUGUAAAUGCGAAUAGAUAUAAUUAUUGUAUGACGGUAACGAUUUUCAAAUCUUAAUUUUAUAUUUCUGUUUGUUUUAUAAUUUUUAUGUGAUAUACAUAAUGUUGUGUUAUUUUUAAAUAAGUAAAACUUAUCAUGUUAAUUUAAUAUUAUUAAUUUAUUAAAACUAACCUGCUUUAAUUUAAUAGCUAU